AUGAAGCACACAAGCAUCUCGACGAUAUACGCGACGGCGGAGCUGGCGGAAAAGUCGUCCAACUACUGCGAGGCGCACUCGCUGGCGCUGCCGCGGCACAUCACCGACUACCACGCGAGCGUGUGGGCGCGGCGCGACGACUCGCUGAUGAUGAGCAGCAACCAACAGUCGCAGCUGCACAUCUUCCUGGCCAGGGCGUUUGGGGUCAAGCGAGUCAUCGAUGUCGGCGUCUUUGUCGGCUACUCGGCCAUGGUGUGGUCCCACGCCGUCGGGCCCGAUGGCCUCGUCACGGGCCUGGAGAUUUCGCCCGAGUUUGCGCGCGAGGCGGGCGAGGCGUUUGCGGCCAACGGCAUCAACAACAUUGAGACGAUCGUGGGCGACGCCUCGGAGACCCUCCCGAAGCUCGCCUCGGACACGCCCUACGACGCCGUGUUCCUCGACGCCGACAAGCCCGGGUACGGGGGCUACAUGGAGCAGCUGCUGGACGGGUCGCAGCCGGGGGCGGCGCGGCGGCUGCUACGGCCCGGGGCGCUCAUCGUGGCGGACAACGUGCUGCGGUGGGGCCACAUCCCGGCGCCGGGGCUGACGACGUCGUACUGGACGUCGGAGGAGCUGAAGCAGCGCGAGCUCGAGGGCCUGCGGCGCUUCAACGACCGGUGCGCGGCGGAGCCGAGGCUCGAGGUGGUGAUGCUGCCCGUGUGGGACGGGGUGAGCUUGAUGAGGCUGCUGGACUGA